GGCUCAAACCGCGGAUAGUCGACCUAAUCUGAGGUCAAUUUGUUAGCUUAACUUUAAAACUCUGCGCGGCCGGCUCUCGCGUAUUAUUAUUAUUAUUAUAAUAUACGAAUAUAUACCUACCGUAUACGGCGUGUACUUAAAUAUAUAUUAUUAUAUUGUAAACUCGCGUAUUAUACAUAAUAUAUAAUAUAAUAAUAUUAUACAUAAUAUUUACAAGCGACUUACAUUGUGCGUAAGUACGGACCGUUUCCGUGCAUGUGCGUGUGCGGCGUGACGAUUAUAUUUCACUCCAGUCGGAUCAACGGUAUUAUUAUAAUAUUAUAAUCGUGUACGGUCACAAUAAUAAUAUUAUCAUCGUUACAUUAUUAUCUAAUUCACCUUUUCGCGACGUAUGAAAUAUCGAAUUUUUGUUUUGUUUUUGACGCGUUGGAACGAAAUAUUGCACGACGGGCAUAAACGCAUCGAAAAUCAACCGAUUUCAACUGAGUGUUCACUUUCCGCAUUCGAAUCCGGUGAUGGUCGUUGGCCUUUGAUAAGCGAAAAUUGAGAGUUCGAAAACCCGAAAAUGAUGGAACGCCUGGAAAACCUGACCGACCCGAGUCUGUGUCUUCAAGACUUGGUGUCGUCGACGGGUUCCGAUCACCAUAACGUCGCAUUACAACACGCGUCACCGGCAUCGUUUCACCAUCCCGUGCACGACGGCAGUGCCGGACUGCACCAAGGCAUGCUUGGACACCACCACGUGCACCAUCACGAUGGUCAUCACCAUCAUCAUCACACGUCGGUGCCGUGUCCGCCGUCACUAUUGCACCACGAACCGUUGGAAAAACUUAAGAGAGUGUGGGCAGAGACGGGAGACUUCCGUGAUAACAAUCACCAUGGUCUUUCUACGGAUCAUACGUCACAGCUUAACUUUGGUUCAUCCAGGAGUAGAAACCGUGACAGAAAAGGGCGGGUGGACACGAUCGGUGCUACCGGUAUAAAAACUGAGGGUAUAGACACGGGAGUUGGCGUGGUCACCGACGACGGAAAAGACGCCAACAUUAAAAAUAACAAAAACACGAAAAGACAGAGGAGACAGAGGACGCAUUUCACUUCGCAACAGCUCCAGGAACUGGAGGCCACGUUCACCAGAAACCGGUACCCAGACAUGAGCACCAGGGAAGAGAUAGCCAUGUGGACGAACCUCACAGAGGCAAGAGUCAGGGUGUGGUUCAAAAACCGGAGGGCCAAGUGGCGGAAACGCGAGAGGAACGCGAUGAACGCCGCUGCGGCUGCGGCCGUGGACUUUAAGAACGGGUUCGGAACGCAAUUCAACGGCCUCAUGCAGCCAUUCACUGACACGGACUCGCUGUACAGUACAGCUUACACGUCAUACAACAAUUGGGCGACUAAGGUGCCGAGCCCGUUGGGAUCGAAGACGUUCCCGUGGUCAGUGAAUCCGCUGGGUACAGUGAACCAUCAUCACCACCAGGCGCCGGUCAACUGUUUCAACGCGGCCACUUCGGCGGCCGGAUCCAUGUUGCCGACGCCCGCACCGCAGAACGGGCCACCGUACUGUCCACCCACCACACCGUACUCCGUGUACCACCACCGGCCUGCCGAGCCGUGCAACGUCAUGUCCAGCAGCAUCGCCAGCCUCCGGCUCAAGGCCAAACAGCACGCGUCCGGGUUCGGCGGUUACCAGCCCGCGGGUUCGCCGGGUUCGCUGCAGGCACAGGCCAACGGCGGCAACCGGUCAUCGUCGUCGUCGUCUUGUCAGCAACAGUACGGCGGCGGACAGGGUGCAGGUGGCGGUGGCGGUGGUGGCGGCGGCGGGAAUUCCGGCAGCGAAGGCACGCGGACGCCCGUCUGACGUGAAGAGCGGACCGGAGGGAGCGUCCG